AUGGGUUUGAUCAGUGGUGAGAGGCUGGGGCAGCAGAGCCUGGUGUACGCCAGCCUGUACACGUGGGGGAUGCACUUCCGCUACACCCUGCGUCAGGAGCCCAGCACCGCCAGCCUCCAGGUGUAUGUGGUGUUCCUUGGCUUGUACGUCAUCGUCAUCACCACAGGCUACUGCUCCAACCUCACAGCCUUCCUCACUGUAGAGAGAACACCGCCCGGUAUAAACACCAUCAAGCAACUCUACAGCUCCUCCCUCACUCCCUUGGGCCUUGGCAACUUCUUCGGGAUAUCUAUGGCUGAGUCCAAGAGUGAAUAUCUUAGGGGAUUGUCCAGUCGGUUUGUGUCGGUGAGAAGCUUCGAGGACAUCAGCCCUCGUGUGGUGAGGGGCGAGGCUGUCAUGAUCCAGACUCGUCGCUAUCAUGAAUAUUCCAUGAUCCACCUCACAACCUCCUGGGGCCUCCCUCAGGUCAGGAUUAUGAAG